ACGGUAUUACGCCCCAAACCGCUAUAAUUAUAAUUCCAUUUGAAGAUUCCGAAUGCCAACCUUAUGAGCAGCGGAUCAUAAUGGAUGCGCCUUGACCUCACGGGCUAGUCGUCUUCGGGUCCGGUUGGGGUGAGUACGACUAGCUGCAGCUGCCUUUACUACGAACAUCUCACUUUCGCAUAUAAUGACACGCUGCUGACGCCAGCACCGUUCAACCAAACUGUUGAUAACGUUGUGUUAUCCACCGUUACCCAGUACCUCAGCUUUCCUACACCCGCUACACAUAAUGGCACCUAGCCUGAUAACACUUGCUGUGUCACUCUUUGCUGGUUGCGCUGCCGCAAAGCAAUGCCAGCUACUGAGCAUUCCAGUCGACAUCUCAUCUCGCCAAGGUGUUUUUAAGGAAGUUCCCGUUGAGGGCAAUCUGGACGUUGGCGCAUUUGCGACUCGCUUCACCCAAUACCAAUUCAACUACUCCGCUGAACUCUUCACCGGUUUCCAGACUCUCCGAAAGAGCAUCAAGAUCUCCGCCCAGUAUUGCACACCUGAUGCUGGCAGCAACGGCAUUGUUCAGGUUCUGUCGCAUGGGAUUGGCUUCGACAAGACUUAUUGGGAUAUAGCUUAUGACAACUACAACUACUCAUAUGUCAAUGUGGCCACUGCAGCCGGCUACAGCACACUCGCCAUCGAUCGCUACGGUAUCGGCAACUCCACCCACGGCGAUCCCCUCAAUGAGAUCCAGGCCAAUGCCGAAGUUGAAGCCCUCAAUGAAGUCACCAAGAAGCUUCGCGCCGGCUUGAUUACCGAGAUCAGCUGCAGCUACGAGAAAGUGAUUCACGUUGGUCAUUCUUUCGGCUCGGUGCAGACUUACUGGCUGUCUGCUUUGUAUCCCAACAAUACUGAUGGUGUUGUCCUUACUGGAUUUUCGAUCGCUGGUGGAUUUCUCCCAUACAUUGUCGCUGGCUGGAAUCUCCACAGCGCGCGCUUGAACCAGCCUUUCCGCUUUGGUAAUGCCUCUGCCACUACCAUCAAGACGCUUGCCCAAAAGUACAACGUCCAGGACGACCUAGUUCCUGGUCUCACUGAUAUUCUGAACAAGGUCGGUGUCGACGUUGACACCGAUGAGGUGUGGAAUUACAUCGGCACCACUGAGGUGAACGACCUCAUCAACGGUUACAACGAGACUGUGUUCCAGUACGAUUAUCCCUCCGGAUACUUCGCCCACUCAGAUCUCACUGCGCUUCACUACGCAUUCCUAUAUCCCGGCCAAUUCGACGUCGGCCUUGCUGUGGAGGCAGAGAAGACUAAGCAGCCUGUCACAGUUGGUGAACUCCUGACCAUCGGCAAUGCGCCCCAGGCUUCCCCAUUCACGGGUCCGGCUUUUGUGAUUACUGGCGAGCAUGACAUUCCUUUCUGCGGUGGCAACUGCUAUGGCAAGGGCCCGGAUAUCCCUGCCCCUAACAUUCCCGCCGCUGUCGUCGCUGUAUUUCCUGCUGCAUCUGCUUUUGAAGCAUACAUUCAGCCAAAAACAGGCCACGGUCUUAAUUUUAAUUACAACGCGACUGCUGGCUACCAGGUAAUCCAGGACUUCUUGAUCCGCAAUGGCCUGUCCGCAUAGAGUGGGACUGUGAACUGCGAUCGGGUCGAAGUAAUUGUAUG